AUGACUCCAAUGCUCGUGAGAUCUCUAGGAUUAGCCACAUCUGCUAGCUCUGUGGCAACGGCUAUUGCUACUAAGCGUCUUCUUAGCACUUCAAUAAGAGCAAUGCACGCACAGUCGGCAGCCCAAAGUAAGGGUAAUGGUAAAAAUGGCACCUGGGCUACUUUUGCGGAAUACAGAGAGGCCAUUAUUAAAAGGGACCCUGUUACGAUGGAAACCAGAAAUAACAUCAUGGCUCCACACAGCAGACUUGUCAAUGAGCCCGAGGGUGAGAAGGUUGAGGAGAAGAGCUUUAAGGAUCUGGCAAAGAGGGUUGCGUACUGA